AGACGGAGAAAAACCAACGAUUAUCCAAAAUCCCAAAACAAAAAAAGAUAAAAAUGGCAUUAGUAUUCUCCUCUCCAUCUUCUUCAUCUACUCCUUCACUCCUUCCAUUUUCAUGGCCGCCCAUUACUUCCUCUCGCCGCCGCUUCCAGUUCAGACCAAUCACAGCUUCCCAAGUCUGCAUAACCUCGCCACCGCACGACACCAUCGACAAAUCCUCACUCUUAAUCUCAGAAACUGAAGCAGAAGACGAGCUCUGGGCCGCCUCUUGUCUCCGUGUCCGCUCUUUCUACAGAAGCUUAGAAGAUUCUUCUUCAUUUGGUAUCCAAGAUCAUAAAAAGUACCUAGCGGAGCGCGAGUUUGAAGCUGUUAAAGAACGAAUUGCGGGUAAAAGACUUGGGUUUCGGAGGGUUUCUUGUAUUAAUGCUACUCUCCCUUUGUCUCAAAUGUCUGGCUUGUCUGAUGAUGAUUUAUUCGCCGAAUGUAAGUAUACUGCUAAUGGUGAAGAUCGAGUGGUGGUUGGGACUCUUGAUCUUAAUCAAUGUCUAAGAUUACCUGAUGAAAUAAUUGGGAGAAAACCUGAGGGAAUUGGAUCUGAUUUUUUGAGGGCAUACCUGAGCAAUGUAUGUGUAGCCAAGGAACUGCAUAGACAAGGCUUGGCUUAUGAACUUGUUGCAAAGUCAAAAUUAGUAGCUCAACAAUGGGGCAUUACCGACAUAUAUGUCCAUGUUGCUGUUGACAAUGAACCCGCAAAGAAGUUAUACAUGAAAAGUGGGUUUGUAUUUGAAAAUGAUGAACCAGCAUGGCAAGCGCGGUUUCUUGAUCGGCCGCGGCGGCUUUUAUUAUGGUUCGGUCUCUCAGAUGCACAUGACUCGGAAUAAUACGGUCAUGCUCUAUUUUUCACUCUUAAAAUUCUUUAUCACGUUUAUAGCAUUAAAUACAAUUCCCUUUCAUCUCAGUAAAUUGUAAAAUGUGUUUUUGUUAGAAUGGAAAUCAUGCUUAUUAUUCUGAGCAUUUUGGUCCUUUUUGUUUUUCUUUUUAACUAAAUUGAAAAUUUAUUGAUGUCAAAUAAAUAUAAUAUUUAGUAGGUGUUUGA